CAUCAUUUGCGGCUGCUUGACAGUUCCAAACACGCCUUCGCUCGCGCAAGAACCGAUUCAUCAUUCGUAAAGAGAGUCCCGUUUUCGUCGUCGACGUUUUUUUCAUCAUCAGCCCAAAGUCUGGCCUUUAUAAUCAAUCCUACGCCGCGCAGUUAGUGGAAAAAAGAGGAAAGCAAUCCGAAUAAAAAAAACGGUGCUGCUGAUCAUCUUUCACUCCACCGCCGUCAAAGUUCGUCGAGGGAGAAAAACGCUUGUGUCGCAAAUUCAGGUUCAGUUCCAUUUUAAACUUCAGUGGCAAUCGAGAGCAAAAUAUUCAGUGCUGAAAUCUGUACUGCUGCUAUCUAAUCGUGUGGAGGAAAUUAAUCGCUUCAUUGCUGAUUCUUCGGAUACGGUGUAUUAAUUUCUCUCUGUUGUAGAUUUUAAUGUGAUUCGUCGCGUUUAAGGAGUUGUGGAUGGGAACAAGUUCGGAACCUGAACAACAAGACGCAAGCCGCUCCAAGAAGUCGAAUGGCCAAGCAACAGUGCGGUUAGUGUACUAGAAGAGGCUCAGAAACGUCGUGGCCAUCGCCAAGAAGCGGAGUGUGCAAAAGAUUCGGAUGGUUCUGGUUCGAAGUACAGGAGUGUUCGUGUGACGACAAGUGCUAAAACAGCCAACCGAUCCGGUUAACGUCUACACAGGAGAGUGAAUUGCCGGGGAAGAAGGUGUCCAUCCAUGCUUCCUUGUCCGUAGUGGAAUGGGAUUGCUCUUAGUUCUGAUGAAGUGAAUACGUUCUGGAAAGUCGUACUUUGAAUUCUGCUGCUUACUGAUAAUGUUGUGUUGAAGAAGAAUCUAGUUGAGUGGACGUACAGUCAAUGCUAAUUUGCUUGUUCGGGAAGCCAACGAAGAAAGAAGCGGAAAUCCUGCGAGUGAAUCUCGUGCUCCCGGAAGAGGCAACAGUGUUUGUGGUGAAUCGGCCAGUCAGUGGCUCAUCAAUUAUCAUCAUCAGCGUCGUGUGUCGUCAUUAUCAUAGCCAUAGAGUAAUAAUAGCAAAAGUGUUUGUGAUAGUGUAGUUUUCGUUCAUCGUUUGGAGCUAUUCACGUUUACACCGAAAUACCUGCCUUCCUAUCUUCCCCCUUUUUCGAAUCUGGUGUGUUGGUGGAUUAAUUCAAUUGGAUAUACAAUCGAGAACUCUCAAUGGAAGAGUGGUGCUGGAGAACGGAAAUUCAUCUAGGAUACUAACUGAAAUAUCCUCGACACUCGGGCCGAGGUCGACCGGACUGAUUUCCACCCAGUAGCUGCUAUUCUGCCAUGCCGGGUAGCCGUUCCAGUAAUAACGAUACCGAGCACAAUAAGUCCCCUAGAGAGAGCGGUGAGGAUUCGGAGGAUGAAAGUGAAAUUCUAGAGGAAAGCCCGUGCGGAAGAUGGCUCAAGCGGAAAGAAGAGGUCGAGCAACGCGAUGUUCCUGGCAUCGACUGUGCACAUCUGGCGAUGGACACCGAGGAAGGUGUCGAAGUUGUAUGGAACGAAGUACAGUUUUCCGAGAGGAAGAAUUUCAAAUCUCAAGAAGAAAAAAUACAACAAGUAUUCGAAAACCUAACACAGUUAGAGCAUCCAAAUAUAGUCAAAUUUCAUCGUUAUUGGACGGAUACCCAUAACGAUAAGCCUAGGGUAAUAUUUAUAACGGAAUAUAUGUCCUCUGGGUCCCUUAAGCAGUUUCUCAAGCGUACCAAGAAAAACGUGAAGAAACUACCACUGCAAGCAUGGAAGCGGUGGUGUACUCAAAUUUUAUCUGCACUUAGUUAUUUGCAUUCCUGUUCGCCGCCAGUAAUUCACGGCAACUUAACCUGUGAUACAAUAUUUAUUCAACAUAAUGGUCUAGUUAAAAUUGGUAGUGUAGCUCCAGAUGCCAUUCAUCAUCAUGUAAAAACAUGUAGAGAAAAUAUGAAAAAUAUGCAUUUUUUAGCACCAGAGUAUGGAUCACUCGCAACGACGACCGCCAUCGAUAUCUUCUCGUUUGGCAUCUGUGCGCUGGAGAUGGCAGCACUGGAAAUCCAAGGGAACGGAGAUUCGGGUACGCUAGUCACGGAAGAGCAAAUCAAACGCACUGUCGAGAGUCUUGAGGAUGCCCAGCAGAAAGACUUCAUCAUCAAGUGCCUCAGUCAUGACCCUGCCAAAAGGCCUACCGCUAGAGAAUUACUAUUUCACCCGCUGCUGUUCGAGGUGCACCCGCUCAAACUGCUCGCCGCGCACUGUCUGGUGAAUACCUCAUCAAACUACGACGAGAUGCUGCAAAAGCUGAACAAACCGGACAUGGUAUACGCCGAAGUGUUGCAGACCGAGUAUCACCUGGGCUAUGUGAUCGGCACGGAGAAGCUGGAAAAGUUCGUAGAGGAUGUGAAAUAUGGCAUUUAUCCGCUGACUGCCUUUUCGGCACAAAAACCACCCGCUUCCCGACCACGAGCAAUAUCGCCCGAGACUGCAGAAUCGGUGAAAUCCGAAACGCCAGAGCCGCUAGAUAUUGAAACUAGGAGAGUUGUGAAUAUGAUAUGUAGCGUUAAGCCGGGAGAGGAUAAUUGUGUAUUAUUUAUGACAAUACUAUUAAGGAUGGAGGAUAAGAUGAACCGACAGUUAACAUGUCCCAUCUCGCCGGACGAUUCUGCCGUCGCGCUUUCGCAUGAACUAGUACAUUUAGGAUUUAUUCAUGAAACGGAUCGUGAAAAACUAGCUACAAUGAUAGAGGAUACGCUUAGGAGUAAACAACAGCAAUUGCUAGGUGCGGCAGCGAAAAUGCAAUCGUCCGGAGAACGAAUAGUGGUCACCGAUGGAAGUAGUGGUGGCGCGACCGGCUCGUCGGAUCCGCCAUCCUCCUUCGGUUCUUCGGUGACGGGUUCGUCCUCCACCAGCAAUCAUCUACACCAUCAUGUUCCUGUAAACUCGGCCAGUCUGGAACGUGGCUGGAAGGUAGCGGAUACGGAUCCGUUAACGGCCAACACCAUGCCGGUCAUCAUGGAAACGUCCGGAAUCAGUGUAAAUAGUAUAGAUGCGACGCUGUUUGCCAACUUCGACGACGCCGAGGAAGCUCGCGAGCAGCACGACGAGGAACUGGAAGCUCUGGAAGCUGCCACAGUUGCUUCCGGAGAUCCAUGCCCUGAACCGACCCCAGCGCCACUCGAGUUUGACGAGACCGGGCAGCCAACGUCGUUACCCCCGGUAAUCUCAACCACCUCCAGAACUUCCAUUGUCCCGCAAGAGGGUGCCGGCGGCGAACUUUACUGUGGGGAAACGAUCGAAUCGUACGAGGCUACAGAGUGAAGGUCAGAUUAGUGUGAAAAGAAAAAAAUGUCUUCAGCGCACGUAAGCAAAUUUAUUUCUAUGUUUUGUACAUUGACAAAAUGAGACAAAUGCGAUAUAAAAUGAAUUGCUAUGUAAUUACGUAUAACAUUAAAAUCAAACGACACCUAAGUGGAAGGAACACCCAAAUACGUACACACACUUAACUAUGCCAUUUGCAGCAACUGUAAUAGAUGAAUCAAUUGAAAUCAACGGAAAUUGAUAUAAUGACGCUUCAGAUUUCGUUCUAUGUAAACCUGAAUUAUGUGUUUUCUUACAAAGGAGUCAAAACCAAAUCAUAGUGCAUUCUAAAAGACAGCCCAUAAAACUACACAUAACAGUCAAAUGUAGAAAACGGAAAGAACCCAGGAUAUCACAAAAAUCACUGGACGACCCGACUAAUCUCUCUCUCACCCGUAAAAAAAGGCUUAUCAAUCAUAGUCAAUCGUCUCAGCCGAAACCGAUGCUAGCUAUUCUCUUGUAUAAUAAACGAAAGUCUAAUAAAAGUCAUCAUCAACACAAGCGAGAAACUGUUUUAGAAAACAGACAAGACAGGAAGUGCGACAAAAACCGAAAGGAAACCAUUAUAAGACUCUAGUAUUGCCGCAGAAGGCAAUAAUCCAAAGCGCUGUAUCAUCAGCUCUUUUAAAAAGCGUACAUUUAAAAUAUUGCAAAUAUGUGAGGAGCGAGGAAGGGCGGUGCUGGGGCUUCAACCUCUAAACCUGCCAAUCUACACAGAGAGAGACUUCUACCAAUAUUAGGGAGAGUGCGCGUGUGUGCGAUGCUUUUAUCCAUUAAAAAAACGUGAUCUGCGAAUUCUGCAAAAAGUGAUGGGAUGUUGAAAUGAAAUUGCGAACAUGGUCGAGAGCGAGGGGGGAUAAGUUGUUUAAGAUUAGUCAUAGAAUUGUAAAAAAAACAAAUACGAAAGGGAAAUCAUGCUUUGUGAGCGAACCGUAAAACGCGUGAAUUUAUUAAAUGCAAAUAAAAAAAGCAACAAAAAGGCGAA